GACGGCCGGUUUCACACUGCUUGCGGCCACUUUGUUUCUAUGUCGACCCGUCUACAAGACUGCCUUCGACCGAACUGCUUGUUCAGCAGACGGCAUCCAGUUGGUUGUAAAUCGCCAGCAUGCUGCCGAAUGAUGUCUGUCCCGGUGCGGAAUCCUAUUAGGCGAGUCUUUGCAUCGCCUCGGCCUCGGCCUCGUUUUUCUUUUCUCAAAGCUCUAUACUGA